CGGACAGCUUCUUCAUCUUCUAGCCGUGAAGCGGAACAUCCCAUCUCUUCGAAGGCCUCUUAAGAAUGCUUCAUACUUCAGAUCAGAGCAAGCCAGUUGGAGGAUUCAGUACUAUGAUACCUAAGCAUUUUUAAUGCAAUUUUGGCCCCUUGAGUCUACUUGUUAAUUUCCCCCAAUGGAGCAAAGAAGAACGAGACUCACGGAGCAGCCUCUCCUAAUUAUCAUUUUUGCGGUGGUUGUAGUACUUGGUAUUAGUGUGAUCUCUCUAUUUCUUCUCACAACAAAACAUGAAAAUGAAACCCUUGAAGAUGCAGCUAACAAUGUGGAAGUGGCAUUGCUCAACAAUGUUGUAGAUCGUGCGCAUUUCUUAGUUCAAGUGAAUGCAUCUGCUUUUGCUGUAGCAGAAGCUCUUGGCUCACCCAAACACCUCUCCUUUCUCGAUAUCGAGAACAAGGUUGCGCCGAAGCUGUUCAUGGCACUAGCAAUGAACCCUUUGGUGGCACAAGUAUCCUAUGUUGGGCUAGAUGGGCUUGUUUUCUCUUAUUACCGUGAGUAUGGCGUGAUCAGUAUUCUUUUCUCCAAUUCAUCGCGACCAUCGAAUAAUUCAGAUUCACAUAGGUGGUACGGCCAGUCGGCCGAUCAAAGUACAGGCGAUCCCCUCGGAGAUGCGGUUGUUCUACCUUUCCAAAUGCCUAAUGUCACACAUUGGCUCCAUGAUGUAUUCAAUGGUACAAAAGGUGGUUAUGUUUCACUCGAAAUUGGAUUCACCAAACCCAAAGAUCAAAUGCUCAUUUUUGCAGCACCAUUUGCGGAGUUAGGAUUGGUUUCAUUCGGAGUUUAUGUGAAUGAUUUCGUGGAUCAUAUUUUCGAUAUUGACCUUUUCGAAGGGCAUUUAUAUUUGGAUAUCAAUGGUACUAAUAUUUCAGCGCAAAAUAGGCUUCUGCACAGGUAUCAUACAUUGAAAAACAAUACAAUGCUAACUCUUUCAUCAGAUCGAAAUAAUUUCACGGAGAUGGAGAAGUACAUCAGCCAUAUUUGUAACUGUUCUACUUCAAGUACUAGUCCAAUUGGCGUGAGCGAUACAAGAUGCAAAAUUGCCUACACUUGUUCCGAAGUUUCAGGAUUUCAAUUGGUCUUUGCAUUAUUUCUCCCUUUUAAAGAGAUCCUGCAACCAUUUCAAGAAAUGGAGGUUAUUAUUCUUGUCCUACUAUCAAUUAUGAUUUUUGUGGUAAUUCUUGGGAGCUACAUCAUUUUAUGGCUGUUCAAAAGAUCACGAGUACGAGAAGUGCUCUUACGCGCAAACCUCAUCAAGCAAAAGGAGGCAGUUCAGCAAGCAGAGCGGAAAAGUAUGAACAAAAGUUUAGCCUUUGCUAGUGCCAGUCAUGACGUGCGCAAUUCACUUGCUGGUAUUACUGGCCUGAUCGAGUUUUGCCGAAGGGAUGUCGCACCACAAUCGGAACUCGACAUAAACUUGGAGCAAAUGAAAACUUGUGCAUUGAAACUUUUAGAAAUACUGAAUACCAUACUUGACACAAGUAAAGUGGAAGCAGGAAAGAUGCAAUUGGAAGAAGUUGAGUUCGACAUGGUUCAAGUAAUCGAAGAAUCGAUUGAUAUUUUCCAUGUUGUGGCUCUUAAAAAAGGCUUGGAGAUAGUUUGGGAUCCUUGCGAUUGCUCGGUCUUGAAGUCGCCAAUCGUGAAAGGAGAUUUCAAAAGGCUGAAACAAAUUAUGGAUAAUUUGAUAGGGAAUGCGGUAAAAUUCACAUCAGUGGGAUCGAUCGUUGUUCGUGCGUGGGCGAAAAAGCCGACAGUAAAAAGCUCUGAAGUUUCGUCUAAAUAUGGGUGCCGCCUUUCAAAAAUAUUUGGCUUAUUAUCAACGUACUUUUCUAAAAAUGGAGCUUAUGUUGAUCUUCAGAACCUGAAUUCGGAUCAGCAUGAUUCGAAUUCAAUCGAAUUCAUCUUUGAAGUCGAUGACACAGGUGUAGGAAUUCCUAAGGAGAAGAGAGCUUCCGUGUUUGAGAAUUAUGUUCAAGUUAAAGAAUCAUCUAAAGAAGGGCAAGAAGGAACUGGCCUAGGACUUGGAAUUGUCCAAUCUUUUGUACGUUUGAUGGGCGGCGAGAUUAGCAUUCAAGACAAAGAGCCUGGUGAAUCAGGAACUUGCUUCAGAUUCAAUAUAUUUAUGAAAUCAAGUGAAACCUUUGGUGAAAGUGAAGCAAAAGAAAGUGCAGCAGAUAAAUUGCUUCUAAGAACAGAUCAAAAUAUUAGUAGAAGUGGAAUAAAUCAAUGCGCCGAUCGAGCCUUAGCAUUUGGAGAAAGUUUUAGUACAAAAGGAGUUCACACCCUACUUUUCGUUGAAGGCGACGAAACUGCAAGAAUCCUGCAAAGGUGGAUGAAGAGCCUUGGAGUAAAAGUGUGGAGGAUUCAGAAUAUUGAUCUUCUUUACUCUACAUUUGAGAACAUUAAGCAUAACGCCAGUUCGUCCGGAAAAUCUGAUUCUUUAUCAUUUUGCAGAACAAUGUCGCAGAAUAGUAAUACAGAGAUAGAAUGCUCUUCUAGUCCGUUGCCCACGACAGCGAGAAAUGGCGCGAAAAAACCGAGUUCUGGAGGAAUUGCAAUCCAUGUUCUCGUCAUCAUCGAUUUAUCUUAUGGAAAUCUUUCAGAGAUAUACUCGCAUUUAAGAAUUUUUAUCGACAGCACUCCUCAUAUUUCACGAAGAGUUGUUUACUUGGCAGAUUUGAAUACCUCUUCUGCCGACCUUGAGAAGUUCAAGCAGGUAUCUUGUGAUCUUAUACUGCGAAAGCCGAUUCAUGGUUCUCGUUUGUGUGCACUUUUGAGGCUUCUACAUGAGUUCCAAAGAACAUAUGAAGGCCAUUUUUCUCGAGAUGAAAUCGCGAGCAAAGCGCAAAGUUUGCCCGAAUUUCAUCAACCAAGCCAUCACGUUGGAGAAGCAUCUACAUCGAAGCAAACUGCCGACGGCGACAAACCGUUAAAUGGAAUGCACAUUCUGCUAGCGGAAGAUACAUCAGUUCUGCGCCAUCUUGCGAAAACCAUGCUCUCGCGCUUUGGAGCGACUGUAGAAUCUGCGGAAAACGGUCUUGAAGCUCUGAAUUUAAUCAAAAGAGCUCUGAAAGACACUGCAAGUGAUCUCCAUGAUAGAAUCAAUGAAGUACAGGGGAGUUCAAAAAGCUUCCUCUAUGAUCUUGUUCUGAUGGAUUGUGAGAUGCCAAUAAUGAAUGGUUAUGAAGCAACAAAAUACAUACGUGAAGAGGAAAAGCGUUACGGCAUCCACAUUCCCAUCAUAGCUCUAACUGGGCAUGCAACUCCAGAGGAAGAGAAGAAAACAAUUCUCGCAGGUAUGGAUUUUCAUCUGACAAAGCCGUUAGAAAUAAAAAAAUUAUCGCAAGCUAUUAAUUUUGUCUGCAAAAUAUAAAAGUAAUGAAAGAUAAUUUCCAGUGGCUUUAA